GGACGGCCGUUAGUUUCGCCCCGUUAGCUCCCUCUCGCCCAAAAGAGUUAAAGAGCAUCAUCCCCUUCUCCUCUUUCUCCAAUUUCAGACCUGAAACUCUCUACCUUUCGUAAUUCGCCGGAGAUUGCUCUCUUCGAGUUCCGCCGAUGAUCGUUCCGGCAGGAGUCCGGGUCUGUCUGAGGCGAAGAAGCAAAAAACUUCGAUGCUGCUUGGCCUUGUUUGUCCAGAGAGAACAACGAGAACACAUAGGAGGAAAUUCAGCGAAGGAGAUGGCGUCGGCAACGGCAGUAGGCUCACGCUCUCUCCAACAAACACCCACCUGGGCUCUGGCCACCGUUUGCUUCUGCUUCAUCUCCAUCUCCAUUUUCCUCGAGCACUCCAUUCAUCUCCUUACCAACUGGCUCAAGAGGCGUCAAAAGAAGGCACUGAACGAAGCUGUAGAGAAGCUUAAAUCAGAGUUGAUGCUAUUGGGGUUCAUGUCUCUUCUAUUAACAGUAAUCCAAAGACCCAUUUCUUCCAUCUGCAUACCCAACAGAGUUGCAGAGACCAUGCUUCCAUGCCAUAAAACCAUGAAAACUACUACAAGAAUAAAUGGGCACUUGAAUAGUGAAAGUCAUUCCUGGAAUCAAUUUUUGGGUGAACAUAGUUUAUGGCAAUCCCAAAGACGAUUAGCGGAGGAUAGCAGUGAAACCUUAGAUCAUUGUUCUGCUAAGGGAAUGGUUUCUCUGAUAAGCCAAGACGGGAUCCAUCAGCUUCAUAUAUUCAUCUUUGUUUUGGCUGUGAUGCAGAUUGUAUACAGUCUUGUCACAAUGGCUCUGGGAAGGGCGAAGAUGAAGAACUGGAAAGCAUGGGAGAAAGAAACCCAGACAACUGAGUACCAAGUUGCUAAUGGUAUUGUAUGCAAUCUCUUUCUGCCACUAGCUUUCAGCCAUCAGAUUGGAAAUUCUAGACGUUUUAGAUUUAUAAGGGCAACGACAUUUGGGAGAAGACAUAUGAAAUCUUUCACAGGGACUUCAGUUCUGCUUUGGACUAAAUGCUUCUUCCGGCAAUUCUUCAAUUCAGUAGCAAAAGUCGACUAUCUCACCUUGCGCCAUGGAUUCAUUGCAGCUCAUAUCUCCACCAACAAGGCCUUCAACUUUCAUAGGUACAUAAAGCGAUCCUUGGAGGAUGAUUUCAAAUUGGUAGUCGGAGUCAGUCCCGUCAUGUGGUUCCUUGUCAUCGUCUUCAUACUCGUUGACGUGCAUGGAUGGAACGUGUAUCUUUGGGUUUCCUUUCUCCCAUUGAUUAUAGUAUUAGUUCUUGGAACCAAACUUGAAGUCAUUAUCACAAGAAUGGCUCUUCAGCUAAAGGACCAGAACACCGUCAUCAAAGGGGCUCUUAUUGUGGAACCCAACGACAAUCUUUUCUGGUUCAAGGAUCCAAGAUUUGUCUUGACUCUUCUACAUUUCACCCUAUUUAUGAAUGCGUUUCAGCUUUCAUUCUUCAUUUGGGUUACGAUAGAAUAUGGACUGAAAUCUUGUUACCAUGAGAAUAUUGAGAUCAUCAUCACAAGGGUUGUGUUAGCGGUGACGGUGCAAGUCCUUUGCAGCUACAUUACUCUCCCUCUCUAUGCACUCGUAACACAGAUGGGUUCACAUUUCAAGAGCGCAUUGCUUCAAGAGCAAACAGAAAAGUUCAUAAAGCAGUGGCAUGCUGGAGGGAGGAAGAAGAAGAGAAAAGAACAAUCGUCACAUUCUCAAUCUCAUCCAAGUUGUGAUCAGCCCAAAACUGAAAGCACCAACGAGGAGGCUAUCCCUACCCCCGCCCAAGUUCAGGUUUCUUCCCCUUUAUCCCCCACAGUCCACAACCAGAGUUUCCGAAGCAAUUCAAUUCCCUGGCAGAGAUGACAUCACUGAACAACUUGAAGAGGAAACAAGUUUGGGCAAUUCAAACUCGGGGAUAGUGGUAAUAGAAUUGCCACCGUCGAGGCGUCACCCACAAUAUAUUUAGAAGGCCAGCGUUGAGUUGAUACCAUUUCCAUAUAUCCGAGCAAUCUCCUCAGCUUACAGUAGAUGUCAAGGUCUGAUGUUCUUCCUACAGGAAAUUGCUUAAUAGUUAAUCCCACUUAUAUGUAACCAACACAUCAGUAGUGGCUUCGGGGACCCGCUGAGGUCGCCAAUUCAUGCGCAUUCAGGAAAUGAAGGCUCAUGGGUUUUUUUAAGGACGACUUUGUUUGCUAUACAAUUUCAUUUGUAUGGUGGUGCAAAUGAGUUGAAUGCAAAUCCUUUUUUUUUCCUUUCAAUCUUACUUUGUUUUGUUUGUUCACAGUGUAUAAAGUCUAAAUCAAAGUUGCCCAAGUAAAUUUAAAC